AUGCGGAAAUAGUUAAGUUAUCUACACUUGACCGUUUCAGACAGUAAACAAAAUGAACAAUCUUUAGAAAGUCGUACAUAGAUCUAGACCUAUCUAUACUGUGAUACAUAAAGGUAAUCUGGAACGGAUUUACACUGGGCUCACGUGGCAAUGAACUGAUGGUACAACUAACUCCCAGCUCUGAGACUCUUUUGAUGAGUCUUUGUCUUCUUGAACAAGAGGAAUAACUUAUACUUCUGACACCAUUGUAACAGGUCAUGUCGUGGACUUCUACUUCCGCUUUGUGUUUGCUUUGUGCUUAUUCCACAUUAUGGAUUACAUGCUACGGGUCCUUCAUGGUACUGACCCCCAAAUCUGUGUACCCGGGAAUACCUUUAGGUGUGUCAGUGACGGCACAUAAAGUGGUGACGGCUCCUGUCUCUGUGGCUCUCUCACUUGAAACUGUACAACAUGAGAGGUCCAUUGGCAACGCUGAGACUAUUCUUUUACCAGGUGAAACAAAGUUACUCACUAUCCAGGUUCCACUGUUAAAUUAUACCUCCCCUUUCCUGCAACUCAAAGUGUCAGCGACAGGAGGUUUCAGAGAUUCCCAAACCAAGAUGAUAUCAAUUAAUCAGAACACUUCCCUCAUACUGGUGCAGACAGACAAAGCAAUCUACAAGCCUGGACAGAAAGUUCGCAUUCGAGUCGUGAAUGUUGACCGAUAUUUAAAACCAGUGUUUAAUCCUCUGACUGUCAUUAUUGAGAAUGCUAAAAAUGACAAAUUAGAAGAAUACAAAGAUGUUAACUCUAAAAAUGGUGUUGUCGAGCGUAUCUUUCAACUGUCAGACUACCCAUCUCUGGGGACAUGGAAGAUACACGUCAACAGUGGUGGUAUUAGACUGUACACCUCCACAUUUAUGGUAGAAGAGUUUGUUCUGCCCAAGUUCUCUGUGGAUGUGAAAACUAGCCCUGGCUUCCUGGUUCUGUCAGAUCAGACCAAAGUCCUGACAAUCACAGUUACUGCCAAUUACACUUAUGGCAAAGGUGUCCAAGGUCAGUGUGAACUUACAGUACAUUACACAGCAUCUAGUCAAGAAAUAUACCACAAAGAACUCAAUUCAGACGGUGUGGCUGUCUUUGAUCACUUGGAUUGGAAGAAGCUCUCACGCAGUGUGGACAAUAUCACUGUGCAGGCUGCAGUGACAGAUGAAACAGGACGUAAGGAGCAGGGGGAGACAACAUUGGCUGUCUAUGCUGAUCCCAAGAGAGUUCGAAUUUUAGACACCUCUACUACAAUACUCAGACAUGGAUUACCUGCCCAUAUUUAUAUCGAGGUUUCGGAUCACAGUGGUAACCCAGUCUCCCCUGUGACCCUGAUGAUGGAUGUUACCCAUCCUGAGUUGAAGGGCUUUACAGAAGUGCUGAACGUUCCUGCGGGAGAGACCAUAGUAAAGUACACCUUCAUUGCGAUCAAAUCUCAAGAACAAAGUUAUUACUACAACAGGGGAGAUGGCACUUUGAAGGCCUGGCUGCAGACGAAUGAUAACGUUUUUGAUAGUAAGACAUUUACUGUGUAUAGAACUAAGAGUCCAUUGGCUCUUUCUAUCUUACCAUUGGAAUCUCAGACUAUUAGGGUCGGUGAGUCAGCCAUAAUAAAAGUGAAUACGUCCCUUCCCUCAUAUUUUGACUCUACUUUAGCUUAUCUGGUUAUGAGCCAAGGAAAUAUUGUGAGUGCUGGACAGCUGAAAGACAACUCUUUUGUCAUCACACCCACGUUAGAGUUUUGCCCCUUGAGUAGGCUACUUGUAUACAUGAUUGCCGGUUCUGAAUCGGAGAAUGGAGAAGUUGUGCUGGAUGCAGUGGAUCUCACACUGACUGGCUGUUUCACCAAAGAGGUGAAAGUUGAGUUUGAGGCAUCAGAGACAAGAACUGGCACUGAGGUGGAGAUGAAGGUGGAUGUCUCCCGACUAGAUGGCUCCAAUGAAAUGCCAGGCCAGCAUGACGUCUUCUACCUGGCCGUAGAUCAGAGCAUCGUGCUGUUGCAGGGAAGCACUGACCUAAACACGGAUAAGGUUGUGUCUGGCCUGUCCAGUUUUGACAAGGUGGAUGAAUCAGUGACCUUGUCCUCAGCGGCAGCUUAUUUUGAGCGCCACAAAUUGUUUUAUCUGACUGAUGCUAGUGUGUGGAGCAGAAACCAGCUCUUUGAAAAAGAAUUAAUGAUUAAUCGUGGCCCAAUGUUGAAAAAAACUUCUGCAACAGAAUUACUACCUGAUUUUGAUACGGAAGUAGACGGGAAAGUUCCAGAAGCAGCAUAUCAGACGUCAGCAAGAAUUCGCAAAGAUUUUCCAGACACUUGGCUCUGGGGACAGGCUGUGACAGAUGUUAAUGGUCAUUUAAGAAGCAAGGUAGUGCUGCCAGACACUAUCACUUCCUGGAUAGUUUCAGCUUUUGCUGUCAACAGUGAAGGCCUAGCAGUAGCCAAGGAACCGUUUAAGUUGACAGCCUUCCAGUUGUUUUUCUUAAGCAUGAACUUACCCUAUUCCAUCAAGAGGGGAGAAGUUUUUGUGCUGAGAGUAACUGUGUUUAAUUAUAGAAGUCAGCAUGUGCAGGCAGUUGUUUCCCUUGCUCAUAGUGACCAAUUUAUGGUGGUUGAUGAGACUGAGAGUGAAGGCUGGUACAGCAAGUCCCUGUCAUUGGAAGCGUACAGAGCCUCCAGUGUUUCCUACAGAAUCAAUGCCACGACUCUUGGCCAGAUUACUUUGCAUGUCACAGCCACUGACCCAGCAGACGGCCAAAAGGAUGAAGUCAAGAGAGAGUUGCUUGUUAAGCCUGAGGGAGUUGAAAGGUCAAGGGCCAUUACUAAAGUCAUGAUCUUGAAUUCUGGGAAGAGCUUGAGUGAAACUUUUAAUAUCAAGUGGCCUCAGGAGAAAAUUGUUCCAGACUCACAGAGAGUUGAGAUCAAAGUAACUGGGGAAGUGUUUGGCCAGGCUCUAUCUGGCCUGGAGAAUCUGGUCAGCAUCCCCUUUGGGUGUGGUGAACAGAACAUGAUUUCGACUGUGCCAAAUAUUUUUGGCCUGAAGUACAUUCGAGGCACAUCCCAAGGUGGAAUGGAAGACUUGGCUGCUAAACUGACCAACAAUAUGAAGCUAGGCUACCAGCGUCAAGUUGAGAAUUACAGACAUGAAGAUGGUUCCUACAGUGCAUGGGGAGAUAAAUUUGGAAAUGCAGAAUCUGGUAGUACUUGGUUGACAGCAUUUGUUAUACGAAGCUUUGCUCAAGCCUCUAAAUUUAUUUCAGUAGACAACAAUGUCCUGGAAACUGGUAUUGAGUUCCUUAAAUCCUGCCAGGACAGAACAGGAAAAUUCAUAGAAAGAGGACAGGUUUUUCAUUCAGAUAUGCAGUCAGGUACUGGCUCUGGUGAUGGGCUGACUGUCUAUGUAUUGAUCAGUAUGUUGGAGGCAUCUCAAGCCUUAGGGGAGACCGGCUCUCUCUCUUUUAAAAAUCAGAUUGAUCUAGCUCUGAACUACAUUAGAAGAAAUCAAGACCCAGAAAAACUUAAACAGGAGAAGCAAAUAUAUUUAGCCGCCAUUACUGCCUACAGUCUGUCCCUGGUCAGCAACAAGGAUAAGGACAUUCUACAACUUAUUGAGCAACUACUAGUGGUCAUCAAAGAACUACAGGUGCCAUGGUCCAAAGUGGACGCUCAAGAUAUUAAAACUCUUCAAAGUAAACAGGCCGCAGGUGACGUGGGCCCCCCAUAUAUAGUCAAAGCUCAAGCCACCAGAGAUUUAGAGAUUGGGGCCUACGUCCUGCUGACCCUCACACGUAUAGAGAAUUUAGCUGAAGGUCUAGAACUGAUGAAGUGGCUACAGUCUCAACAAAAUAGCAAAGGUGGAUUCUAUAGUACACAGGAUACAAUCAUGGUUUUACAAGCUCUGUCAGAAUUCGGGUCCAAAUUUAGACCAGGAGAAGUAUCCUCUCAGCUUCAAGUGACACAUCCUGUUAAUUUGGCCUUUACAUUGUCAGGCUCAAGAGCGUUACUGCUACAGACUGCGACGCUUCCAUGGGAUACAACAAAAGUCAAUGUGACACUGACUGGUGGGACCAACUCUUUGGCUGUAGUCAAAGUGGUGUAUACUUACUAUACCUUCGCUGGAGAUGAUGACCAGGUCCCAACAGAGACCUUGCUGUUUUUGGAGACCAAGUCCAUAAGACUGGGCAAUGGCAUGCAUAAGGUGGAGGCUUGUGUUAAAAGUUCCAAGUCUCUGAAGUACAAAGGAAUGUUUGUGACUACCAUGGCACUGCCAUCUGGAGAGAAGCCAGCAGAUGACCAGUCCACAAUACUGGCUAGCAACCCCAUGGCAUCUAGAGUUGAGGCUGAUGAAAAAUUUAUUCAUUUUUACAUUGAUAAGGCUCCUUCCAAUGAAGGUUAUUGUUUGACUGCCAACGUGGAGCCCCAUUUAGAGUUUGAAGUUCAGAAACCUGGCUUUGCUCAAUUUUAUACUUACUAUGAUCCAGACAAUGUUGCGGAGGUGCCUCUUUCACUGACAUGUCACAAUUGUGACACAGACACGGCUGUAAUGGUGAACAUGGCCAGCGUCCUGCUGACUACUGUUGUUUGUUUGCUGGCCAGCUUGUUGGCCUGCAUGUAAAUAAUUUUUUUUUUUAAUGUUGCUAAGGAGCGUUUUUUUUUUCCUAAAGGUGGCAUCAAUCAGUGCAAAUACGAAUGUUCAUAAUUUGUCAUAGCUUUAAUAAACUACAGCUUCUUUCCUCUUUAACAAAAAAAGUUGUUUUUUUUUUAUUUUUAUAUUGAAACACAUUUUUAUAUUGUGUUGGACAAUUCUGAGCAGCCAAAAUGUGUAUUUUUUUAAUGAAAUGUUAGCAAUGACUUAAAUUUGUUCAAGUGCUGUGCUAUCAUGAACUGUGUUAUGAAUUGCUGUUAUUGCAAUAUUUUUUUGUUAUCUAUUUUGUCAAGUUUUUAUUUGCUUACACUGUGAUGUGAAUUCUUUGACUUGUUGUUAUGUAAUGUCAAGUAUAAUUGGAUUGUUGUUUUCAUUCAGCAAGAGUUCUUGUUCUUGUUGUUGAAAAAAAAAAGUGUUUUGUUUUGUUGAAUUUUAUAUUUUUUAUAAUGGGCUGAACUUUUUGAAGUUGCACUUUUUAUAUUCUAGAAAUAGUAUUUUUUCCAUAACCUGAUUUGUUUAUCUCUUUAUAAAAAACAUUGCUAGAAACAGGUUGAUGAGCUUACAGCUGAAUUGUAUAUAGUCCUAGCAACAUGUGAGCAGCCUAGGAAAAAACAAUGCAACCUUUGACAGUUUUAUGGCAGACACCUAUAGAGUAGCUGCACUUUUUACUUUUAACAUUUUUAUAUAUUUAUAAAAGAAAUUCUAUUUCUUUCUAUGUACAUGUUGCUCAGGACUUGUGUGAAUUUUGUUUUUUUCUUUCUUUUGUUUAUCAUUUUGAAUUAGCCUGUUGAUUUUUUGUCCUCACAGUUGGGGAAAUAUUGAAAACACUUUUCUUUAACUCCAAACUCUUUUCUGACCAUGUUUUUUUUUUAUUUGAUUGAAUUAUUUAUAAAGCAAAUUAUAUUCUUUUAAUGAGAUCCUUCUAUAUAUAUCAUUGUGUUGUAGACAGUUUUAGUAUCUGGUGUAAAAAUACAAUGUUGCACAGGAAGUAAACACUGACUCCAGAUUUUUAAUUUACCAGUACCAGAAUUGUGAAUAACUUGUUAGCAUUAUCUCAAGACUUGAAGCUUAAGUUUUUACAUAGAUUUGUAAGGAAAGAAAUAAGGGAUUAAAAUUGUAUCAAAACAGCUAAAAAAGAGUUUGUCCCCUGUGCAGAAAGAUGAUGGCUGGUGCAACUUAAGAACUGGGGUGUUGAGAAUGUUGUCCUUAAAACUCCCCUGCAGAAAGAUGAUGGUUGGUGCAACUUAAGAACUGGGGUGUUGAGAAUCUUGUCCUUAGAACUCCCCUGCUGAAAGAUGAUGGUUGGUGCAACUUAAGAACUGGAGUGUUGAGAAUCUUGUCCUUAGAACUCCCCUGCAGAAAGAUGAUGGUUGGUGCAACUUAAGAACUGGAGUGUUGAGAAUGUUGUACUUAGAACUCCCUUAGUAUUUAAAGUUUAAAAAAAUAUACAAAUUUGAUUUCACCCAAAGAAAUAAAUUGUACUGUAAACAAACAAGUAAAACAAAAAUUA